CAGAGGAUUUGUUCAAGCGAAUCUCAAACACAACAUCAGCAAAUUCACACUGGGGAGAGGCCAUUCACCUGCUCUGAGUGUGGGAAGGGAUUCACUCGAUCAUUCCAGUUGAUGAUGCACCAACAAAUUCACGGAGAAGAGGCUGUGUAUCUGCACUGAGUGUGGGAAGGGCUUCCUUCUGUCAAUCCACCCGCUGACACACUGGCGUGUUCACACUGGGGAGCGGCCGUUCUCCUGCUCAACGUAUGGUCAGGGAUUCGCUCAUUUAUCCAGCCUGAUGAUGCAUCAGCGAGUUCAUGCCGGAGAAAGGCCAUACUCCUGCUCAGAAUGUGGGAAGGGCUUUGCUCAGUCAACCAGUUUGCUGAGGCACCAGCGAGUUCAUACUGGGGAGAGACCGUUCUCCUGCUCAAUGUGUGGGAAGGGAUUCACUGAGUUAUCCAGCCUGAAGUCACACCAGCGAGUUCACACUGGGGAGAGGCCAUUCUCCUGCUCAACAUGUGGGAAAGGAUUCACUCAGUUAUCCAACCUGAUGAGGCACCAGAGAGUUCACACUGGAGAAAGGCCAUUCUCCUGCUCAACGUGUGGGAAAGGAUUCACUCAGUUAUCCAUCCUGAUGACCCAUCAGCGAGUUCACACUAGGGAGAGACCAUUCUCCUGCUCAAUGUGUGGGAAGGGAUUCACUGAGUUAUCCAGCCUGAAGAUACACCAGCGAGUUCACACCGGCGAGAAGCCAUACACCUGCUGCGAGUGUGGGAAGGGAUUCACUCAGUCGUCGCAUUUGUUGAGACACCAGCAAGUUCACACUGGGGAGAGGCCGUGCACCUGCUCCAAGUGCGGGAAGGGAUUCAGUCUGCUGUCACAUUUGCUAACACACCAGAGAGUUCACACUGGGGAGUGGCCGUUCUCCUGCUCAACGUGUGGGAAAGGAUUCACUCAGUCAACCAGCCUGAUGACGCACCAACGAGUUCACACUGGGGAGAAGCCGUACACCUGCUCCGAGUGUGCGAAGGGAUUCACUCGGUUAUCCAGCCUGAUGACACACCAGCGGGUUCAUACCGGGGAGAAGCCGUUCACCUGCUCCGAGUGCGGGAAGGGAUUCACUCGGUCGUCCUAUUUGCUGAUACACCGGCGAGUUCACACCGGGGAGAAGCCGUACACCUGCUCCGAGUGUGGGAAGGGAUUCACUGUGUUAUCCAGCCUGAUGACACACAAGCGAGUUCACACCGGGGAGAAGCCAUACACCUGCUCUGAGUGUGGGAAUGGAUUCACUCAGUUAUCCAACCUCAUGACGCACCAGAGAGUUCACACUGGGGAGAGGCCAUUCUCCUGCUCAAUGUGUGGAAAAGGAUUCACUCAGAUAUCCAACCUGAUGAAACACCAGCGAGUUCACACCGGGGAGAAGCCGUACACCUGUUCCGAGUGUGGGAAGGGAUUCACUCGGUCGUCCUAUUUGCUGAUACACCAGAGAGUUCACACCGGGGAGUGGCUGUUCUCCUGCUCGGAGUGUGGGAAGGGCUUUGCUCAGUCAUCCCACUUGCAGGCACACCAGCGAGUUCACACCAGGGAGAAGCCAUACACCUGCUCCGAGUGUGGGAAGGGAUUCACUCAGUCAUCCCGUUUGCUGACACACCAGCGAGUUCACACUGUGGAGAGGCCCUUUUCCUGCCCUACAUGUGGGAAGGGAUACACCACAUCACGCAGUCUGGUGACGCACCAGCGAGUUCACACCAGGGAGAGGCCGUUCACCUGCUCUGUGUGUGGGAAGGGAUUCCCUUGGUCAUCUGAGCUGCUGCAACACCAGCGAAUUCACACUGUGGAGAAAGAUUAAACAUGCUGUAUGCUCAAUAUACAACCAUCACUGCUACUGAAGUCUAGCGCAAAUUCACAAGUGUUGCAGGUGUUCACAGGGGUCGGAUUCUGUCGAUGCUGCUGAUCUCGCCCAGGAUUGAACCCUGGUCAUUGGGCACAGAUGAUUUUCUUUUGUGAUCUCUUUCACUGAGUUCAAUGUUCUGGAUCUCUGAUUAAAAUAAAGCAGUUCUGUUUGAAACACCUAAUUGGAGGC